AUGCUAUAUUCCCAAAGAGGAAGUCCAGGAUCCUGGCGCCUGCUGCUCUCACUGCUGAUCCUCCCAGCAUGCAAGAACGGGAGCGGCCAGCUCCAUUACUCGGUCCCCGAGGAGGCAAAACACGGCACCUUCGUAGGCCGCAUCGCCCAGGAUCUGGGACUGGAGCUGGCAGAACUGGUUCCUCGCCUGUUCCGUGUGGCGUCCAAGGACCACCGGGAACUUUUGGAGGUAAAUUUGCAGAAUGGCAUUUUGUUUGUGAAUUCUCGGAUCGACCGGGAGAAGCUGUGUGGGCGGAACACAGAGUGUAACGUCCACCUGGAAGUGAUCCUGGACCAACCGCUGCAGGUUUACCAUGUGGAGGUGGAGGUGAGAGACAUUAAUGACAACCCGCCUAGGUUCUCUCGUUCAGAACAAAGAUUAAAUAUUUUAGAAUCAAGAAUGCCAGAUUCGCGAUUUCCGGUAGAGGGCGCAUCUGAUUUGGAUAUAGGAGUAAAUGCAGAAUUGAGAUACAAAGUAAAUCCUAAUGAAUAUUUUGACUUGGAUGUUAAAAGAAAUGAAGGAGAAACAAAGGUUUUAGAGCUAGUUUUGAAGAAACCUUUAGAUAGAGAAGAAACACAAGAGCAUCGUUUAUUACUAAUUGCAACUGAUGGAGGAAAACCUGAACUAACAGGUACAGUUCAGUUAUUGAUCAAUGUAUUGGAUGCGAAUGAUAAUGCCCCAGAAUUUGAUAAACCCAUUUACAAUGUAAAAAUGUUGGAAAACACACCGAAUGAGACUUUGGUUAUUAAACUGAACGCCUCAGAUGCAGAUGAAGGUAGCAAUAAGGAAAUAACGUAUUUCUUCAGUAAUCUUGUUUCUGAUGAUGUAAAAUCUAAAUUUUCAAUCAAUUCUGAUAGUGGUGAAAUAAAAGUUAAGGGAGAACUGGAUUACGAAGAUUGUAACUUAUAUGAAAUUAAUAUUGAUGCUGUAGAUAGAAGUACAUUCCCAUUAACAGGACACUGCAAAGUAAUAGUGAAACUCCUCGAUGUGAACGAUAACUCUCCUGAGAUGGCCAUAACCUCCCUCUUUCUGCCUAUCAAAGAGGACGCUCCCUUGGGUACUGUCAUCGCCCUGAUUAGCGUGUCCGACCGUGACUCUGGUUCCAAUGGGCAGGUGACCUGCUCUCUGACGUCCCAUGUUCCCUUCAAGCUCAUGUCCACUUUCAAGAAUUACUACUCGCUGGUGCUGGAUAGCGCCUUGGACCGCGAGAGCAUAUCUGAGUAUGAGUUGGUGGUGACUGCGAGGGAUGGGGGCUCGCCUUCGCUGUGGGCCACUGCCAGCUUGUUGGUGGAGGUGGCAGAUGUGAACGACAACGCGCCAGUGUUCGCGCAGCUGGAAUACACGGUGUUCGUGAAGGAGAACAACCCUCCAGGCUACCACGUCUUCACGGUGUCCGCGCGUGACGUGGACGCUCAGGAGAAUGCGCUGGUGUCCUACUCUCUGGUGGAGCGUCGGGUGGGCGAGCGUGCGCUGUCGAGCUACGUGUCAGUGCACGCGGAGAGUGGCAAGGUGUAUGUACUGCAGCCUCUGGACCACGAAGAGCUGGAGCUGCUGCAGUUUCAAGUGAGCGCGCGCGACUCUGGUGUGCCUCCCCUAGGCAGCAACGUGACUCUGCAACUGUUUGUGUUGGAUGAGAACGACAACGCGCCAGCUUUACUGGGACCUUGGCAACAAAGAGCAGGCGGCGCUGUUAGCGAGCUGGUGCCGCGGUCAGUUGGUGCAGGCCAUGUGGUGGCGAAGGUGCGGGCGGUGGACGCUGACUCUGGGUACAAUGCGUGGCUGUCCUACGAGCUCUUGCCUUUGGUAGGUGUCGCGCGCAGCCCGUUCCGCGUAGGGCAGUACACUGGCGAGAUCAGCACCACGCACACCCUAGACGAGGCAGACGCGCCACGCCAGAGUCUGCUGGUGCUGGUGAAGGACCACGGAGAGCCAGCGCUGACCACCACCGCCACAGUGCUGGUGUCUCUUGUGGAGAGCGGCCAGGUGCCUAAGUCCUACUCGCGGGUGUCUGUGGGCGCCGGGAGUCAGGAGGCUGCGGUGGUGGAUGUCAACGUGUACCUGAUCAUAGCCAUCUGCGCGGUGUCCAGCCUGUUAGUGCUCACGUUGUUGCUGUACACAGCAUUUCGCUGCUCGGCGACGCCCACCGAGGGCCCCUGCAAGCCUGGAAAGCCCACACUGGUGUGCUCCAGCGCGGUGGGGAGCUGGUCUUACUCACAGCAGAGGAGGCAGAGGUGUGCUCUGGGGAAGGCCCGCCCAAGACCGACCUCAUGGCUUUCAGCCCCAGCUUACCUCAAGGUCCCAACUCUACAGACACUGUGA